AUGAUCGACGAGAGACAGAAACAAUAUGCCAUUCUCUCACAUACCUGGGGCGAGGAAGAGGUUAGCUUCCAGGACCUCCGGCAGGACAGAGGACCUGGCAUGAAGGGCUACUGGAAGAUACAGCAAACGUGUCGGCAGGCUCUUGAAGAUGGCAAUGCUUACGCCUGGGUUGAUACGUGCUGCAUCAAUAAGGAUAUUGACGCUGAGCUGGGCGAAGCUAUCAGGUCCAUGUAUCGGUGGUAUCACAGGGCUGAGCGACGUGGAGCCCCCGAAAUACCCGGAGAAAACCCACUAUACAGGCAGGGGCGUGUCUGGAAACGCAACGCUCGUCCCCUUCAGUCGGAGCCGCUGGUUUACUCGAGGUUAGACCCUCCAAGAACUCAUCGCCCCGAAAAACAUGAGGUUUUUGGCGCCGGCUGGACUGAUUUGGGCACAAAAGCUGACCUGCACUUCGAAAUUGCCGAGACGACCGGCAUCGAUACGUUGGUCCUUCAGCGAGGGAUCCUGAAGACUUCGAGCGUCGCCACGAAGAUGUCAUGGGCAGGUGAUCGAAAAACAACACGGGUGGAGGACCGAGCGUAUUGCUUAAUCGGUCUGUUUGACGUCGACAUGGCGCUGCUGUACGGCGAAGGAGAAAAGGCUUUUCAGCGUCUACAGGAGGAGAUCAUUGCGACGACGAUCGACCAUUCCAUUUUCUGCUGGACACCACGACCGGGCGAGCACAGUAACGAUCUACUAGCAUCUUCUCCGGCACAAUUCAAGAAAGACAUCCAUCAGCGAGAGGGACCUCAAUAUAUGGGCUCAUACCGACUUGGCAACGCAGGGCUCGAGAUGAGAUUGCGUGUGGUGCAACGUGAUGGCCAUCGGGCCGAAGGCUCGAUAUACGGCGUCUUGGGAUGCUACUCCAGCCCCGGGCUCGCCGUUGUUUUGUCCUUGAAACCGGCCGCGCUCUUGCUUACACCAGACCGGUUCGGAUCUAGCAGAUUUACAAGUAAUGUUGCCCGAAGCGGGGAGCAUUUGGAAUUCCUCUGGCUGGACAAAGCCACGACAGUCGCGACGAGUGAAAUUUUAAUCCUUCGGCAUGCUCUAGAUGACGACUUAGUCACGUGGCGACCCGGACGGCUACGCGAGCCAGCGUGGGCCUGCGGCUACGUGGUUGUCAUCUGCCUUAGCCAGAGUCUGGCGAGAACGAUGGUGGCGCCCAUCACUUCCUGGGGAGAAUUCGCUGGCCUUCAUAAUUGUUUUCUUCCCUUCACUCCGCACGGCUACAUCAUAUGGAAAAGCGUUAGUGCGCAUACAGAGCCCGAUCGAGUGGGCUUGGCCAUAGGAAUGGAGGCCGGUACGAUGGGGUUGCUCAUGCACCUAUUCUGCCCUUCUUCUAUUGAAUGGUGGGACGACAGCAAAGCCGACGACGAGCAUUUCCAAAGAGAUGUCGCAAGAAGAAUCCUUGGCGACAAGGGGACUACACUCCGGACAUGGUUGGAGGUCGACUCGGACACUGUUGUGGAAGCGUCGGCUGCUCGCGACUUCGUACAUGGACGGACAGUGUACGCUGUGACGGUUGAAGUGCACCAGCAUGAUAAUAUCCAGUGA